ACUGUCGUCGAGUCCGAAAGCUUCUGACUCCUUGCUGAGUUUCCGUUUUCUGUUUGAGUUUCCUCAGUUUGUUAUUGUGAGGUGCACAUUAGAAAUUUCCACCGACGCUUGAUAGAACAAGACACAUACGCUUAAGUCGCAUUGUUCACUUUCGGCAGUGAAGCUUUUUGUCUCGCAUCGUAGCAGCUUGUCAGCGGUUGUUUAUUUGAAGCGACCGUCGUCGUUGUCAACGGAGUAAUUGAAUCAAAACUACUGCAGAUCGCAGUACCGCAUCCCAACCUGAGGAAGUACCAAUUAAUAUCCUGAGCUGAUGGCCGUUGGUAGAAAUACCACCAGGGAAAUGACACUCGGGGCUGUAAUGUAACGUAGCAAAGGCGGUACAUGGAUAUCAGCAGUGCUCGUUUGAAUGAGGGAGGUGAAGUGAAAUUCAACCAAGCGAACCACGUGAAAAUGUAACUUUUUAAAUGCUGUUGAAUGUAUUAAAAGGGGGUUUUGUUGGAAAACCAUCGGAAGGUAGAAGUAUAACGAAGUUUUUUUCCGAUUGCAAAGUGGUUUGGUGAAAUCCCGAUGAAUAUAACAAUCGGCGUGAAAAUUUGUGUAAAAGGACUUUGACUAAUUUUCUCUAGUGUUGCUGAAGAUGUCAGUUAUUUUGUCUGAAAAAAUGUUUAAAAGUGCUAAGAAAAAUUUCAUUGAUGUUUUAUACAAGGGAAAUUUUGUAGGAAUUUCCUAUUCAUACUAGCCUCUUGGCGAAAGAAUUUGUGCUCAAUUGUGUCUCGUGAACGCUGUUUAUUUGUAGUGCAGUUUUUUUUAUUGGAUAAACAUACCGGAGAAGCGAGUGAAUACUCAACCCAAGAAGAAGGGCUUCCAAAACGCCAAUUAGCAGUACUUGCCAGUUAUAUUUUUACUUUAGAUGAAAAAUAUACCGAGAACCAUCGUGAUGAAACUAUCCGAGAGCAAAUCCGACACAUCAAUAAUAACCAACCUGUACAAAUCGAUCAACCACAACUACCGAAGGCUGUCCAACACGAGUAGCGUGUUGCACCGUAUUCCGGAAAUGGACAUAGCCUUCAUGAACAUCAGCGAUGAAUACGACAUCGAGAAAACCAUCGCAGAAGGUUGUUUUGCGAAGGUCUACCUAGCUCACCACCGACCAACCGGGACCACUGUUGUGCUCAAAGCAAUACACACGGAACUAACUACCCUGAAAGAAUUUAUCAAAGAAUUUCACUACAACUAUCAGCUCAGUCAUCAUCCAAACAUUCUUAGCUGCUAUCAAGUUAAAUUCCAGACAAACGAAUAUUACGUCUAUGCUCAAGAACACGCACCGUUCGGAGAUUUGGCAGCGAAUGUCGGUGCCAAUGGGCUGCAGGAGUCAAGUUGCAAAAAGAUUGCAGAGCAACUUAGUUCCGCACUGGGAUUCAUGCACCUGAAAAUGCUGGUACACCGUGACCUGAAGCUGGAGAACAUUCUAGUGUUUACACCGGAUUUCUCUCGCAUUAAGCUGUGCGAUUUUGGAACGACCACCCGCGAAGGCAUACUAGUCAGUAAGAACAAUAAAACAUGGAUAUCAUUCCUACCACCAGAAGUAUUAGAGGUUGUGAAAAACGAGCGGUUUAUAUGCAAAUCAUCGGCUGACUCGUGGCAAUUUGGUAUCAUACUCUACGUCUGUCUGAUAGGUUCGACACCGUGGAAAUCGGCUGAUUGGGUUCGUGAUCCCAAAUAUUCCGGCUUUAUGAAGUACCAGAAACGUGAAACUACCAAAAUUCCGGAUAAUUUCCGACGAUUUACUCCUCGUCUGUUGCGAGCAUUCCGGCGAAUCUUUGAUCACAACGAGGAGGAUCGCGCCAAAGUGAGUGAUAUUAUGAAAUACAUGAAGAAUAAAUGGCUGGACAAUAAGAUAACCACUUCCAAGUCCACGUCGAAUAUUGCAAGCAAUAUCCUACAGCAACCGUCUUCCGAUCAGGACUCAAUCAAAUACAUCAACCACCGGGAAAGUCGCAAUUCGUUCGAUGGCCGUUUGCGUGCCCGAAGAAUGACCAGUGUCGGAGGAUUGACACCGGAACCGACGCCAACGUUCGGUGCCGACCAGGACACGGUUCGUAACAAAGUUCUCGAAUGGCUCGAAACAAACGACCUCAAUCGACAGGACAGCAUGGAUGAUGUGGUGGAUUUUUCAUUCUGGAACAAAAACGAUUCAAAGUCCUAUCACUACUCAAAGCGUGAAUCUAUAAUCGGAUCGACUUCAGUGACGACCUCUACGACACUAACGACGUCCAGUUUGACGAGGGAGGCUAGCAGCGUACGCAGCCGGCAUCGCUUUAAGUAGAUUAGUGCGAACCCUCAUUGCCGUUCAAUGUAAGUCAACUGACCAUAGGUCAGUCCCCAUUAGCUAGUUAGUACAUCUGGAAGUGCAGCACAAGACCGAAUAAAACUAAAUCCUCCCUUUUCCCCGCCACUUCUGCGUCUGUUGACCGGAGAAACAUAGAUAGUACAUGUGAUUACAUUAAUUAUGUGUGUGAUACAAUGGAGAACAUAACCAAAGCCAGCAAAUAAGCGUAGAUGGUACAACAGAGAAAACAUAGUUUGUUAGACUUUUAGCAGGUGAUAGCAAGUUUAGGAGAAUACAUAUUUAUAGAUGAUGACUUGGAAGGGCUGUUUGCGAUUGUAAGUAAAAAGAUCGUAAUGUUGAACAUUUAAUAAUUGUUUCCAUUCAAUGUUAUGUUAAUAUACAUCUGGAGAGCGAUAACCCUGUAAUGUAUUAGAAAACAUUUGUAAACGUCUUUGAAAUAGAUUUAGUACAAUCUAGAUUUUGAUGCGAUGAAACUAGAAGUUUAUGAAUAAAAAAAUCAGAAAUCAGUUCGAUCAUCAUAAGAACA